UCCACGUAAUGCACCUGAAAGCACGAUCCCUACAAUCGACAGUAACCCACCCACACAAGAAUGGUGCAAGAGGCAGAGCAGGCAUCAUUAUAAGCACCACACCCUAAUCGAGCAUUUGGAGAUCAUGAGGACGCGGUACUUGCAGUCGCAGUUUUCCCCGAUAUGCGACGAAUGGUUACAGGCUCGGCAGACAAGACACUUCGUCUUUGGGACCUGAAGGACGGCGUGGUAUUGAAGAAAAUGGAAGGACAUUGCGACUGGGUUGGGGCAGUGGCGAUAUCACGAGACGGGGAAUUAAUAGCAAGCGGUGAUGAGAAGGGGGUGCUCAUCAUCUGGGACGGGGACACUGGGGAACCUCUCACCCAAUCUUUCCAAGCUCACUCUGGCAUUGAUUCGUUGGAUUUUUCUCCAAAUGGUGCGGUGUUGGCUACUGGCGGAUGGGACAAAAAAACGAAGCUUUGGAACACAAAAACGUGGCGGUUGCAAGACAAACCUAUCGAUUGUCAUGAUUAUGUCAACUGCAUUCGGUAUUCACCAUCUGGUAUACAUCUUGCCAUUGCGACACUCGGAGACAUUCAAAUAUGGGAUCCCAACACUAGGGAUUGCAUUAAAAUAUUUGAGGGUCACGCGGCUCAUACAUCGAUCAAUCGAGCAAGCAUUAGACCAUUCAACAAGUCACUCGCGUGGACGCCUGAUGGCAAACGCCUUCUCUCAGCAGGCACAAAUGCCGAUCCUACUAUACGAGAGUGGGACUCAACGAGUUGGGAGCAGGUCCGAGGGAGUCCCUGGAAAGGCCAUGAUAAGCAAAUCUGCGCCAUUGCAAUCAACUCUGCAGCUACCCUGGCCGCCUCCGCAUCGUAUGACAAUUCUGUCCGCCUUUGGCAACUCUCAGAUAGACGAACUAUUGCCAUAUUCCGACACUCUGACUGGAUGCGUUGCGUCACUUUCUCCUUGGAUGGCGAGUACAUUCUUAGUGGAGGAGGGAAUAAGAAGAUAUCAGAGUGGGCAGUACCAGAGGAUGUUUUACCUGCUUCCAAGAAUAUCGCUAUAAACACGACAGCCCGCAAUGCAUGCAUAUCUGGUGAUUUGCUUGUCGCUGAAGACCUACUAACACAAGAGAUCGACUCUGAUCCCAACAACCAUAUUUCCUAUGCCAACCGCUCAUUUGUUAUGGCACGAAAGCACGAGUGGGACUAUGCGCUUCGUGAUGCACUUAUGUCUAUCAGCAUUCAGCCCUCCUUCACGGGCUACACCUCUAAAGGCAUCGCCCUCUGUGGAAAAAAGCACUUCAAAGACGCAAUGAGGGCAUUUGAUCUCGCAUCCAUGCAUGCUAAUCAGUUCUCCCGUACUCCUCAGUACUUCAUCAAUUUUCAGGCCAUCGCAUUGUUCAAUGCAAAUCAUUAUGAAGAUGCAAUUCUACGUGUCCAAGAGCUGGCCACCUCUUGUCCCAACGCCGAUACUCUUGCAUGUGGUAUCGUGGAAGCGUAUCUACGUGUUCAGCUUGGAAUCAAUGCAUUGAACGGCGCGCGUCACACCGAAGCGGCUGACCACUUUACAGCCGCUGUCAAAGUUGGUACUUGUUGGUCUAAAUCAGCCCUUUUAUCUCAAUAUAUGGACUUUGUGGUGCUCUUCGGAUGGGACCUCAAGUCUUUGUGGCAAACGGCAAAUGAAAACCUGUGUCACGCGCUCCUUCUUGCAGGUAGACUUCCGGAAGCCGUUGAAUCGUACAGAUACAUGAUGGAUAGGAGUGAUGACACCCCGAAAGCCAGUUGCCUUCGUUGGUCCGCUGGUAAGUCUCAUCGUGCCACUCAUGCUACAUCUUCACCCGCAUUUCACUCAGCUUUCGAGAAAAAGUGCAGCGUGCUCUAUGCUGCCAACGGAGAUGUUGCAUUCGCUGCGAGUGACUACGACAUGGCUAUUCUUCUAUAUUCGAGGGCGAUCGAGCUGGAUCCCACAAACGAAACCAUAUUUGUCAACUGCAGUAAGGCAAAAUUGAAACAAGCGUUGUGGGAGGAAGCACUUGUCGACGCGGAAAAGGUCAUCGAACUCGACCCAUCGUCUUAUAUCGGAUACCAGUUGAAGCACGAAGCGUUUCAUGGCGCACGGCGCUAUGACGAAGCAAUCGAAAUCUUCCAAAUCAUGCUCUCCAAGUUGGAUAGUGCUUCCGAGACGCAAAUACGAAAGCUGCGCCAGCAGUAUCUCAGCCCACCUGAAGCGGACGGUGCUAUACGAAAGAGCAUUCACAUUCAAAUGGAAAACGCCCCACUUCGUCUACUCAACACCUCCACUGGGUACUUGUGCGAUCGAGAUGCACAAAUUGCUUCUUUCAAAUCAAGUACAAGGUACAAGGAGCUUUUGUUAUUGACAAUGAAACAUAAAGACCUUCGCAUGGAACGCAUCAAAAAAUCAGUUACAAUGUACUUCCGCUGUGUCAUGCUAUCUCAUAGAUGGGAAGAGAAGGAGCCCCUGCUGUACGACAUCCAGGAGAAGGUCGUGUAUAAAUUGAAUCCAGUUGGAGGCAUCGUGAAGUUGCAGUCAUUCUGCAAAGUUGCUCGCAAGGCGGGUUAUCGCUGGGCAUGGGUUGACACAUGUUGCAUCGACCAAAAUAACAACGUCGAACUCCAGAAAUCACUCAAUUCCAUGUUUUCCUGGUAUCGCCAAUCAGCGCUCACUAUCGUUUACCUGUCGGAUAUUCCGCCUUUGUCAAAGUCUGGCGCACUGGCAAAGAGCGCUUGGAACACGCGGGGAUGGACCGUUCCGGAAUUCCUUGCACCCAAAGUUCUUCUUUUCUACCAAUCAGAUUGGACCAUAUAUCUAGACGACCCCUCUUCUAAUCACAAGGAGUCUGUUGCAAUCAUGCAGGAGUUGGGGGAUGCGACGGGCAUAGAUUCACAGGCCCUCGUCGCCUUCCGCCCGGGGAUGAGAGGAGCACGAGAGAAACUCCGAUGGGCGUCGACACGCACCACUACGUUACAGGAAGACAUCGCCUACUCGUUAUUUGGCAUAUUCGGCGUCCACCUACCUAUAAUCUAUGGCGAGAUGAAGGAAAACGCACUCGGGCGACUCUUGCAGGAGAUCGUGGGACGAUCGGGCGACAUUACUGCCCUCGAUUGGGUUGGAAUAUCAUCUGACUUCAAUAGUUGUCUGCCAGCCAACAUCACAUCGUACGAAGCUCCGCCAUGCGUGCUACCAUCUCUCUCUGAAGAUGACAUCCAGGUAUCAGUCUCCUCUCUACGAAGUGCUGGGGUCGUAGAGUUGGCUUUGAGAAUAUACAACACACUCGACAACCUGAGCGCUCCUCGUUUCUCCCACCGCCGACUGCAUCUUCCAUGUAUCGCAUUUCCUAUCAUAGAAGUCGGACGGAGACAAGGUCAAGACCAGGAGACACCCGUAUAUGAAGUCAAGACAGACGGGCUUGGUGACCUGCUGAUCACCACAGAAGACAGGCUGAUUCCGUUCUCGUCGACAAGACCCCUGGCCCCUUGGCAGACAUUCUUGCUUGUCCGUCCAUGGAAUCGUGGCCUACUCGAGCUGCCUAAUCCUCCAGAUGAUAUACAGAACAUGAAAAAUUUGGCUGCUCCUAGCUCUCCGUCACUCAAUUCGCUCGCCUUUUCUCUUGCAGAAAAUGAACUGGUCGAUACCGAUUCUCAUUCGCGAGCAUUACGAUUGAUUGUUCGCCUUGGACAGCCAUUCAGCGCAUUGUUGUUAGCGCGGCAACACAGCGGAGAAUACAAGAGAAUCGCCUCGAAUCGGGAUAUCGUUGCGCAAGUUAAAGACAUGACUUCUGUUCGUGACAUGAUUGACAUCAGGACACUAGAGAUAUCGUAG